AUGUUUAUUAGGCAGCACUACCACCAACGCCAGCAGCAACAGCAGCAGCAGCACCAACAACAACAGCAGCAGCAACGCCAGCAGCACCAGCAGCAGCAGCAGCAACACCAGCAGCAGCAGCAGCAGCAGCAGCAACACCAGCAGCAGCAGCAGCAGCAGCAGCAGCAACACCAGCAGCAGCAGCAGCAGCAGCAGCAGGAAGACAGCUUUGGUGCUGCAGUUGGUGGUGGUGGUGGUGCUGCUGCUGCUGCAGUUGGUGCUGGUGGUGGUGGUGGUGCUGCUGCUGCUGCUGCUGCUGGUAGUGGUGUUGCUGCUGCUGUUGCUGCUGCUCUUUGGACAGGAGGCUCAAAGUCUGUUGCUAACAGAGUGCUUCUCCUCGCUUCUAUUUGGGUUGCCUUCGGCAGCAACAGCAGCAACAGCAGCAGCAGCAGCAGCAGCAACAGCAGCAGCAGCAGCAGAAGCAGCAGCAGCAGCAGCAGCAGCAGCAGGAGACGCGUGGUGCUGCAGCAGCUGCCGUGCUGCAGUGACACCGUAGCAAUGGCUGUUGCGCUGCAGCAGCUAAAUUUCGUUGAUAUUAAAAUAAAAGAAGGUGUAACGCGGCAAACAUUUUCAGUUGAAAUAAAACAAAGACAAAGAAAAGUAGAUGAAGCUGUUGCUGCUGCUAUCAAGCCAGUAAGCAGCAGCAGCAGCAGCAGCAGCAGCAGCAGCAGCAGUAGCAGCAGCAGCAGCAGCAGCAGCAGCAGCAUAGCAGCAGCAGCAGCAGCAGCAGCAGUAGCAGCAGCAGCAGCAGCAGCAGCAGUAGCAACAGCAGUAGCAGCAGCAGCAGUAGCAGCAGCAGCAGCAGUAGCAGUAGCAGCAGCAGUAGCAGCAGCAGCAGCAGCAGCAGCAGCAGCAGCAGUAGCAGCAGCAGCAGCAGCAGUAACAAUAAAUAUUUUUUUUUUUUAG